UUUAAGAGCUCCGGCAGUCACGUGACGGUUCAACAUGGCGUUGAGCUGGAGGAGUUUGUUGCGUUUUCGGUCAACAACACGGCCGCUGAUCAUCUUCACCUUCUGCCUGACUGUCAUCCACAGCCUGGGUGAAGAUGUGGACAACUGUGAUAAACUCCGGCUGGGACAGUAUUUGUGUAAAGAACCCAAAAUAGAUGAUGCAACUCAAGAACCAGAAAACUGCAAGGACCGGUUGGCUUGGGUGGAAUGUUUACCUGCUCCAAACAUCAGCUGUCGGCUGUCAAACGGAACACAGUUCAAAUUCAGCGGUGAAGAGGUCGGCUUCAACAAAAGCAUCCCGUGUCGUAAUGUGAGUGGUUACUCAUACAAAGUCGCUGUUGCUCUGUCACUCUUCCUGGGAUGGAUUGGAGCGGAUCGGUUCUACCUGGGAUAUCCGGCCUUGGGCCUGCUGAAAUUCUGCACGGUGGGGUUCUGUGGAAUUGGAAGCUUAGUGGAUUUCAUGUUGAUAUCCAUGCAGAUCGUGGGUCCAUCGGAUGGGUCGGAUUACAUCGUGGACUACUACGGGGCACGUCUCACCCGUCUUUCGAUAACAAAUGAGACCUACAGAAGAACGCAGCACUCUCCGUGAAGACACCAGGUGGAUCCCAGUGAGCUGACCCACCAAAUGUACAGGAUCGUGUUAUGUAAAUCCCAUCUUUUCUUUGGAUAUGCCUUUGGCGUUUCCAAACACAAAGACACAUGGACAUGCCAAACUAUGCUCUGGGAAAGACUAGCCCACGUCUGCAGUUUGCAAACAUGGCUCAUGGCUCUUGAUCCCACCGCUCCAAGUUCUGCUCGGAUCUUUGCGUAGCUGUUAUUUCCACUGGACUGCUCAUGUCCUCUAUCACUCUUUCUCUCCAUCAAUCAGUCUCUUCCUUUGAGUCAUGCUGCUGGAAUGUCAUCCAUCUUUUGUUUCUUUUCAUUCCUGUCCUCACUAGCUUUACAUUGUUGGACAUUGUGUGAUGUUUUGAUGUUAUUUAAUCACUGUAAAUAAAGUUUUAAUAUUA